AUCCAAACUCAACUUCCGACAACACGCGGGAACGUCAAAGAUGAGCGAUACCGAGGAGGACAAUCAAGAUGACAGCGCAAUUCCGAGUCGGGACGAGUGCGAGUCGCGAUGUCAAAAAUUUGCCGAAGUCACAGGGACGGACACAGCGCUGGCCAUGUUCUACCUCCAGGACGUUGAGUGGAAUAUUGACACAGCCCUGAAUAAAUUUUACGAAUCGAACUGUGGGCCUGAAAAAAAAGACUGUAAGAGAAAAAUGGCUGAUGAUGGAGAGAAUAGUGAAUGUCAUAAAAAGAAGUCAAGAGUAGAGGAGUCUGAUCCAGAACCACACAGGAUUCGACUUCUCUCCUGGAACAUUGAUGGACUCGAUGACGUCAGCAUCAAAAGACGAACUAAAGCCGUUUGUGACAUCAUCAAUAAGGAACAUCCUCAUGUCGUGUUUCUACAGGAAGUGACAGCCCUAACACAAGUAAUUUUGGAGUCAGGUUGUCCUACUUAUCAGGUCAUUACCGGGGGAAACGAGGAAUAUUACACCUGUAUAUUACUGAAGGUGGACCAGGUAGAGCUAAUACACCAUCAAACCCUACCCUUCCCUGACACACGGAUGAUGAGGAACCUCCUACUUGUACAGUGUAAAAUUAAAGGAGAGAGCUUGGUGCUGAUGACCUCUCAUUUAGAAAGUACCAAAGAUCAUUCAAAGGAACGUGUGCAGCAGCUACAAAAGGCGUUUCGUGUGAUGCAGAAAUCCUCAAAAUCUUCUACUGUCAUAUUUGGAGGAGAUCUCAACCUACGUGACAAGGAGGUGGCCAGUAUAGGAGGUCCGCCUCCUGGUGUUCACGAUAUCUGGGAAAAGACAGGUCAAAGGCCAGAGGCAGCUUACACUUGGGACAUGUCUCGUAACGACAACUUGGUCUUCCCUGGAAAGUUCAAGCCCAAGUUACGAUUUGACCGUUUGUACAUAAGGGGAGCAGAGCCACCUACGAUUGAGCCUGUCUAUUUGGAACUCGUCGGACUGGAACGUGUAGCUAAGUGUGGGAAGUAUCCUAGUGACCACUGGGGACUUUUAACUCACUACAAUAUCCUUUCCAAGGUCAAAAGUCUUGCUUCCAAGGUCAAGUGACCGUGAAACAACAUCAGUAUUACUGAACUAGAUAUACAGAUUUUUUCCUGGACUGAAAUACGGUUUUCAGAUAGGCACAAUGUUUGAUUAUUAAUCUACCAGGAAAAAGAAACAAAGAGGGUUGCCUUUAAUUCCUCAGUGGGUUAAAGAUGUAUGUAACCUAAAUGUGGUGUACAUAUUCUUCCCUAAAGAGUUCCUAUCUGAAGAUAUUGUCAAAUGUUUCAUUUAUUAGAUACAUGUGUUGCUUUUCCGGCGACGGCGUCGUCAACAUUAAGUUUUUGUGUUUAAGUUAGUUUCUCUGAAAGUAUAAGUGCUACACCAACCAAACUUGCACCAUACAAUGUAGAUGCACCUGAGGUAGUACAUCUCAACCCAUGCAUCGAAUACUGAAUGUGGCCUACUUUCAUGGUCCUUUGACUUUGUCAACAUCUCCAUCGGCAUUAAGCUUUUGCAUUUAAGUUAGUUUCUUUGAAAGUAUAAGUGCUAGACAAACCAAACUUGGACCAAUUUUAUGACUUUUUAUGUUUUACAUGGGCCGAACACUUGCCACAGUAUCAUUGGCCAAAUCUGUCCGGGCCAAAAUUGAUAUUUCAAUAAUUUCUUAUCAUACAGAAAUAGGGUAGUGAGUGCUUUUCUUAGCUUUUAUAUAUAUCAUUUGGUGCUGUCGGUGUGUUACACGUUUGACCAUAAAAAAGUAGCAAUUUCGUUUACAGAAAGUUUGCAUAACUAGAAGCGAGAUCAUGAUUUUCUUUAUAUGCCCUCUCAAAAGUUAUUUCCUCCUGUUUAGUAAUUUUACAUUAGAGUAAUUGCCUCGCCAUUUCGUGUGAAUGCCCAGCCAGCUAAACUGCUAAGAUCCUUAAAGUUGUAAAUAUUAGCCCAAAACAAAAAUAUCAGGGGU